AUGAAUUUGUAGAACCCUUGGAAUGGCAAAAUUAGAAUUCUUUGCAAGAAUCUGUAUUCUGUGUUAUUCUUGUUGAAAUGACUUCUUUCAAAAUGAGCAUAGGACUAGCACCAUAACGACCAAUGUACAAUACAUGCUGCUCGUCGACUGUCCCAUAAUAAGCCACAAAGAAUUUAGUGUUUAGAAAUAUUGAGAAAAAAAGCACUCCACGUAUGAUUGAUGGGUGUGAUAGGGGGAAUAGCAUCAAGGGAAAGGGUAUACGAAGUAAGCAUGGUAGUAGUGCCUAAACAUUAAGAACAAGCAAAUGCUGUUUUGCAUAUUCUUAAAGCCAACUAAAAAGUAAAUUUAAUGUUGUUUUAAGAAUGGUACAUUGAAUGAGGGAUUAUACAAGACAAGGUUAGAAAUACAAUCUUGAGAGAGAAACUUCAGGGCAGCCCUUGCUGUAACCAGGGGUGUUCAUUUUAACUGGAUAAGCAUGUUAUUUAUACCGAUUUCCAAAUCCAGUUAUACAAAACGGGAUAAAUAUAUGUAUGGUUUUAACCAGGCCCAUAUUUUGGACAUGUUGGACACUCAUAUCCGAUAUGCUGGACAUCUAUAUCCAAAAACAAAAACCAAGUAAAUAUUUCUGCCUAGCCUCUAUGCAUCUGUCUCCUUUUCACUCUGCUCGCAAAACUUCAAAAUCCUUAAUCCACAAACUCUAAGUCCAUUAUACCGUCAUAGUUUUUUUUCACCUUUCAAACACGUUCUUUCAUCAUCAUCACACUGUCCCUUUCAAACACAGUAUUGUCAUCCAUUCUGUUGUGUUAUUAUGUGUACCAUUGAUCUUGUUGUAUUAAGUUUGUAAUGAAUUUUUGAAAUAUUUACUUUAUUAAGUUGUGAACAUAUGAUUGUGUAUGACUUAUCUAUGAAGUUUAACUCCAUAUUAAUAAGUUAUUUAUUUAUUUAUUUAUUUAUUUAUUUAUUUAUUUAUUUAAUAAACUAUUCGACUGUAGGUUUAACUAGUUAAAAAUCAAUUAAACCUUAAACAGGAGGUCUCGCCAGUUCGCCCUCCGGUCCGAUUUUUAAAACAUUCGUAUAAAGUUUCCCUUUUUUCUUUGGAUCUUCUUGAACAAUAUAUUUCAUUUUCAUUUCAGAUAUACGGGCUUACUUGAUUCAGACUUUGAAAAUUUCAUGUCUCAUGAAGUCACUUCUGGUCUGUGUGAAGUGCUUCCAGAAAACCAUAGUUCCAUAUUAAGAUUGUCCAUUCUAAAACGCAAUCUUGUUGGGGAAGGUUCUCACCGUCACAUGUCUACAUUAAUCAAAUUACAAACCCAACAGCUGAACUCUUUGUCUGAUCUUUUAAACGACUCAUGUGAAUUAAUAAUUAUUGAAAGGCUGCCUUCUGGAGUUUUUGCUGAUCCAUUUGAAUUACAACAUCUUGCUCAACGUGGCGUGUUCAGUGAUAUUGCUGUCUUUGGUGAUACAAAUCUGGAGCUGCCUUCCUUCUUGUCCAAUCGAUCUGCCGUUGAAAUCCACUUAGAUAUUGAUCCAAAUACAUUGCUACAGCCAGCUAAUAUCAGCAUAGAGUUUCCUUUGCACGCACGAUAUCAACCUCUGAAUGAAAGUGGCUACUCAAUAGUCGAAUUUGGUGAACCGGAUGCGAUACUGCGCUGCAGCACAAAGGAAACGUUGGAAAAUAGCAAUUGUUUGGUCAAAUUGAAAAAUGAUAAUGCCAAUCUGUAUGAUGCUGGUCUUGUUUGGAGAAUACCAUCUGGAAAAAAGGCGCACUCUGAUCUUGUAUCUAUCGUUACAUUUCUUACAGCCUUCUUAUCAACUCUUGUAAUUAUGGUAACAUCAUUGCAUUAUUUUAAUAGCAGAGUGAGUAAAGAUUUGAAACAGUCGUGAAGGUUUUCUUAUUAUUAAUGCAGCUUUUAUUCAGUGAUUAUAUACAUUCAUGUAAGGAUAUUUUCUCAGCUUGUAUUUAUCUAAGGAUAUUUUCUCAUUAGUCAAGAAAAAUAAUUUGCUUGAAUUUUUUAAUCACAUAACCACAAUUCUUCAUUUAUAAGUAAAAAUAGUAUUAAGGUACUUGAAAACCAAAAAAUAGUUUCGCAUUUGUUAUACUAAGCAAGUGGAAAAUAAUUUUUAUUGCAAAAUUUGCCCUUGAAACUACCAUGAACUCAUUCGUAGACCGUCAACCUAAAAUCAGUUAUUGUACUAAUAUUUGAAUCAUUUACCAAAGGAAAAGUGUUUGUUGAAUUUAAUUAUGUAGCUCCUGGACAUUUUUUAGACUCA